CAAACAGGAAAUGAACGACAAGUUAAAAAGAAAUGAAUCCUACCUUGUCCGCUUCAACCUGCUGAGGAAUUUAUUUGGACAAAAACACAAACAACGCAACACUCAAAACACAUCAGAGCGUGUUGCGUUUGAAAAAUGCAGUCAUGUGAUGGACAGCAAACCUGGUGUGUGUGUUGACUGCGGUUGAGUCCACACCAGCCGGUACCACCACUGCUGCCAUGGACAGCCGAUGUAGCAGCAGCGCAGGCUCUCGUCAGAUGGGAAGUCACGGGGCAAGGAGCUCCACGCCCCUCCAGGCCCGCACAGACUCAUACGAGGAGAAAAAGAAGUGCAUCUCCGACGUUAGGAGGACCUUCUGCCUCUUUGUUACGUUCGAUCUCUUAUUCGUCACCUUGCUGUGGAUCAUCGAGCUCAAUGUAAACGGCGGCCUUCCCAAGCAGCUGAACCAGGAAGUGGUGCACUACAAUUAUCACGGCUCCUUCUUUGACAUCUUUCUUCUGGCGGUGUUUCGAUUCGCAGUCCUCAUCUUGGCCUACGCCGUGUGCAGGCUGAGACAUUGGUGGGCGGUGGCUAUACUGAAUGGAUACCAAAGGGAGGUUGAACAUUCCUUUGGAAAUUGUAGUUCACUUCCUGUGUGUUGCCUUGAUGUGAUGUCACUGCGCCUCAUCACCGUACAUCUCAUGAAUGGUUUUACUGUACGUUGUGACCUAACCUUAAGCCUUCUGGAUAGUCCUGCACUUGUGCAGCCAACAACGUCCGCAUUGCAUCACGGGACCGACUCGUUAGUCACUUGAUGUGCACACGACACAAAUUGCUUCUGCAUGUCAACUGCCGCGGAGAGCAUCUCUCAUGACUGGUCUGUUUUAGUCACCUGCUGUGAUGACGUACUCAGCGUUCCCCUUGGUCUCACAUCCCAUCUACGCUGCCGCCUUUUUGAGCAAUUUUGCAAUAUAAUUAUACCUACCAUGUGGUCAUCAAAGUCCAUUUGUUCGAGCAGACACUGUUCCAAAGUUACCAUUGUUAUUGCGUUGUUCCUUAUUACGGAAAGUAAAGAACUGCAGCUACCGUAAAUGGUCCAAAAAUGCGAAGGAAACUCUACCCUGUGGCAUCCUAGCCAAUACCAGCUGUAGCGACACCCCCGACAUGGAGGAGAACUGCAGUAUAUUUUCAAAACCAUGCCCACGGGUUGCAUUCAAGUAUAAAGAGAAACUGCAUGCCGUAUAGCCCCAGUCACAUUAGUGCAGUCACCGCCCUCGUGAAUGUAAAGAAGCGUUUAGAAGUAAGAUUAUGCACUGCACUUUUGGUACUUCAAAUUUUGAGGACUCUUAAACGGACUUGUACUUGAUUCUGUGGGAGGAUGUUCAUCUGCUCUGAAGUAAAAAAAUGUUUUUUAUUUGUUUAUUUUUGGGGGGGUUAUUACACAAUACGAUAGUACCUCAGUUUUCGAACGUCUUGGUUUUCGUACAAAUCGGUUCUCAAACGAAAAUUUCAAGAUUUUUUUUUUUUUUUUUGCUUUGGUUUUCGAACGAAAAUUGGUAUUCGAACACCCCGACCAGCGGACCCAUGACGAUUUGUUAUUGUGCUUUUGAAUGCACCCCCGAAAAAAAAAAAACGCAAAAGACAUAACGCACAUGACCGCGCGCUUGACUCACACACUCUUCUGCUCGCGGACGUUUCCCAUUACUGUAGUGACUUUUUAUCUUCAAAUUGAGAAACAUUAACCCCCGAUAAUGGCUCCAAAGAAGUCAAGUGGAACUGCUGGUGGUGAAAAAAGGAAAGUGGUGCGUAAAACUGUCGACUUCAAGAAGGAUUUGAUAGCCGAGCACGAAUCUGGUCUGCGUGUUUCUGAGCUAUCGAAAAAGUAUGGCUUGGUGAAAACGACAAUCGGCGCCAUUCUGAAACACAAGGAUGCCCUCAAAUGAAAUGAUGUUGCUAAGGGAGAAACCGUGUUGACCAAGCAGAGGCCAUAGUUCUUGGAGUAAGUCAAAAAGUUGCUUAUUUUCUUGAACGAGCAGCAAUUAGCUGGGGAUAGUGUUGGCGAGGAAGGAAGGAGAUGUUGUCCUACGAAGCUGAAAGCAGGAAAUGUGUCUCAAGUGCCGAUAUUAAAGCUAUCUACGCUAAAUGGAACGACAUCCGUAAUUUUGUAGAACUUCAUCACCUGAAUACACUGCACUGCACUGCAAAAUUUUAAUGAUGUUGUUAUGAGCCACUUCAGAAAAGUGCUUAUAAGACUGCCGAAACAAACAUUAGAUUUGUUCUUUGUGGAAAAAGGGGCGAGUCACUCCCACCGACGACAUCUGAAACUUUUGUUUUGCAUUGCUUUUUUCUUUUAUUCCAUUAACCCUACCUCUAGUUGCAAGUUUUUUUUUUUUUUUUACAUGUUAUGUACUUUCUGUGCAAAUAAAAAACUAUUUGCCCCCUCCUCCCCCGCCGCCCCAUUAUUGCUUGUUUAGUUAUUUUGCACUUUUGUUAAUAAAAAAAAAAGGUUUACAAGGUUGGGGGCUGAGUCGCUACAGAUACGGCAAUGCACUCCCAGUAUGGCAUACUCUACUAGUAUAAAGCAUACAUUUUAAGCAAAAAAUAAAUAUAUUUCUUAAAGGAUUUCAUUAUAUUAUAUCUUUAAACUAUACAUAUAUUUCUACUAUGCAGUUUAUUAUCAGGAAAAGCUAAAAAAAAUCAUUUGAAAAAAUAUUUUUUUAGGCUUGGAACGCAUUAUUUCAUUUUCCAUUCAUUGUAAUGGGAAAACGUGCGUUGGUUUUCAAACGUUUUCCUUUUCAACCAGCGUUCUGGAUUGGAUUGUGUUCAAGAACCAAGGCACCACUGUACUUAUUGAGAUUUUUUUUUUUCCACACUUGACGAAUAUCCCAAGUUAAAAAACACAUUACUGAAACUCGUAAAAUCUAAAAUAAAACAAAGCAUUUUUCAAAAAGUGAAAACUAAUCAAAACUAACAAACCAGUUCUAAAAACUCAAAACUAAAUGAUUUUGAAAAAUCAAAAAAUGAAAAAUUACUAUAAUGGAAAAUAACCACUCAAAAUGGGGGGGGGGGGGGAGGAUAACCCAUUACAACACUGCCACGCACACAAAGAAUACAUCCACACACAGAAACAUGCAGAUGAGCUCAUGGGCACACACGUGUGUGCACAGUCUCACACAAAUGUGCACACAAAUAUCCAUGAACACACUUUCUCCCCCAAACAUAAAAGUAUGCAUAUGGACGCUCACACAGGACCACUGGAUGACUUUCUACUCACUGGCCAAGUUCUUGUUGUGUUUGU